UCUCCCUCUCAGUCUUAUUGAAGGUCAGGUUUCUGUUUUCAGAAGUGGCUGGUCUGCUGUCGUUCAAACCUCUUUUGGUCUCAGAGUCACGUUUGAUUGGAACAGCUUUGCAACCGUCACCAUCCCAAGCACCUACAUGGGUGCCGUCUGUGGCCUCUGUGGGAACUACAAUGGAAAUCCAGAAGAUGAUCUGACCAUCAGAGGAACAACAUUACCUUCCUCAGGACCAGUGGAGUUUGGUGCCAGCUGGCUUGUAGCCGAGAUCCCAGACUGUGUCCAUGGCUGCACAGACAGUUGUCUGGAUUGUGACCCGGCCAAAAAGAGUUUGUACGAGACGUCUGAUUUCUGUGGGCUGCUACGUGACCCACAGGGGCCAUUCAACGACUGUCAAAUCGUGCUGAACCCUGCUCCAUUUUUUGAGGAUUGUGUUUACGACGUCUGCUUGUAUAACGGAAGGAGAGAUAUACUGUGCCAGUCCAUAACGGCAUAUGUAUCUGCCUGUCAGGCGAUGGGAAAGACCAUCAGCCCCUGGAGAACUGCUGAAUUCUGUGGUGUUCAGUGUCCUGUUCACAGCCACUAUGAGCUCUGUGGUUCUGGUUGUGAAGUCACAUGUCAUAGUUUGGCUCCUCCCACUGACUGUCGUAGCCGCUGUACGGAGGGCUGUGUGUGUGACCAGGGCUACAUCAGGAGUGGCGACCGCUGCGUCCCCCUCUCUCAGUGUGGCUGUCUCUAUGGCAACCGCUACUACUUGCUUUACCAACAGUUCUAUCCUGGCAAUAACUGUGAGGAGGUGUGCACAUGUUCAGCGGAUGGCCAGGUGGUCUGUAAGAAGUUAUCUUGUGGCCCCUAUGAGAAGUGUGAGCUGGUGGAUGGCGUUCGCAGAUGCCAGCCAAUCGGCAACGCUGUUUGUGAAGCUGCUGGAGACCCACACUAUACGUCCUUUGACGGGAAGCACUUUGAUUUUCAGGGCACCUGUACAUACGUCCUGUCCCAAUCCUGUGGCCUUGAAAGGACCAGCCUGACCCCUUUCUCUAUCCAGGUGGAGAAUGAGAGAUGGUGGCCCAGUAGCAUAGUCACUGUUACCAAGCAAGUGGCCUUAACCGUCUAUGGCAGCACCCUGAUCAUAAGACAAAACGAGCCCCAGAUCUUGGUAAGUGGUGGUUUGUCUGCUUUUGUUCUUCCGAAGCUGCUCCAUGAAGCUCCCAUAAUGCCUGAUGAUAUGUGA